AAGCAUAAAUACUAGUUGAGAGAUUAUAUUGGCGCUCCGGGACAUCCAUUUGUCAUCUUUAUUUGCACGCAAGGAUGCAUCGUUGAAAACUACUGGUCAAAUCUCUCGUGGAACAAAUUUAGGUGCUGAAUCAACUUCCUUCCUUGACUGAGCCACGGAGACAGAAAUUUUUGUCAUGGAAUUUAGAAGAUAUAUGAAAAUUUGGAUCGAAUUCAGUCUGCAAAAAAUGUGAGAAGACAUUGAUGAAUUGGAGACUGUGCGAAAAUGUUUGUUUUUUUGUCUUUUCUGUUCCUUCCCAAACCACAAAUGGCAGCAGUGAUGAGAUGACUUGACUUCUUGUUAGUCUUCCUUCCCCUCUUCUUCUUCUUCUUCUUCUUCUUCUUCCUCGGACGCUCCUUCCAUUCCAAACCCUGAAUCAAAAGCCCUGAAUGAUAUCCUCCCUCCAUUUUUGCAGUCUGCGCGUUCUUUCUUCAUUGAGAAAGAGCUCUGAAGCCUAGAAAACUUUUGCAGAACUAAAAAGGAGCGACCUUUUUGAGUUUAACUGCCUAAAAGGCCGAUUUUUCCCAUGGAUCAAUCCUCCGGCCAACCUCCUCACGGCUCCUCCAAGCCCUCCUCGGUUCUGCCUCGUAAGACCCCGAAUGUGAAGGCGCACUACCGCAUCGGCAAGAAGCUGGGGCAGGGCCAGUUCGGCACCACGUACCUCUGCGUCGACGCGGCCACCGGCAGGGAGUACGCGUGCAAGUCGAUCCCCAAGCGCAAGCUGCUGUGCCGCGAGGACUACGAGGACGUGUGGCGCGAGAUCCAGAUCAUGCACCACCUGUCGGAGCACCCCAAUGUGGUGCGGAUAAAAGGGACCUACGAGGAUCCCGUGUUCGUGCACCUGGUGAUGGAGCUGUGCGCCGGCGGGGAGCUCUUUGACAGGAUCAUUCAGAGGGGGCAUUACAGCGAGAGGAAGGCGGCGCAGCUGAUCAAGACCAUUGCGGGAGUGGUGGAGGCGUGCCACUCGCUGGGGGUGAUGCACCGAGAUCUGAAACCGGAAAACUUCCUGUUUGCUAGCACCGACGAGGAUGCUGCUCUCAAGGCCACGGAUUUCGGCCUCUCCGUGUUCUACAAACCAGGCGAUACCUUUUCUGAUGUGGUCGGGAGUCCAUAUUAUGUUGCGCCUGAGGUAUUGCGCAAGUACUAUGGUCCGGAAGCUGAUGUAUGGAGUGCUGGUGUCAUUUUGUAUAUUUUGCUAAGUGGAGUACCGCCUUUUUGGGCAGAAACUGAAGCAGGGAUUUUUAAGGAGAUACUACAAGGUCACAUAGACUUUGAAUCAGAACCAUGGCCUUGUAUUUCUGAUAGUGCUAAAGAUUUGAUUCGUAAUAUGCUGAAUAAGAAUCCAAAGAAGAGAUUCACCGCUCAUCAAGUUCUUUGUCACCCAUGGAUUGUUGUUGACAAAGUCGCACCUGAUCGGCCCCUGGAUUCUGCUGUCUUAUCUCGCCUGAAGCAGUUCUCAGCGAUGAACAAACUUAAGAAGAUGGCCUUGAAGGUUAUCGCUGAAAGCUUAUCAGAAGAAGAGAUUGGCGGUCUGAAAGAAUUGUUCAAUAUGAUCGAUACAGAUAAUAGCGGGACAAUCACAUUUGAUGAACUAAAAGAUGGUUUAAGAAGAGUGGGUUCUGAACUAAUGGAAUCAGAGAUCCAAGCACUUAUGAAUGCGGCAGACAUUGAUAACAGCGGCACCAUAGAUUAUGGUGAAUUUCUUGCUGCAACAUUGCACGUGAACAAGCUGGAGAGGGAUGAAAACCUAGUGUCAGCAUUCUCCUUCUUCGAUAAAGACGGAAGUGGCUACAUCAGUGUGGAUGAGCUUUCACAAGCUUGUAGAGAAUUUGGUCUCGAUGAUGUUCAUCUAGAUGACAUGAUCAAAGAAAUUGAUCAAAACAAUGUUUGUGCUGGAUGGACAAAUAGAUUAUAGUGAGUUUGCCGCUAUGAUGAGAAAAGGAAACGGAGAAAUUGGAAGAAGAACAAUGAGAAAUAGUCUGAGGAUUAACUUGGGUGAUGCUUUCAAGAUUUCAGAGCAGUAGCAAAUGUCGAAGAGUGGUUUUUGGGGAGGUAGAGUUUCUUCAGAAACUUGUAUGAUCAAUUAGUGCCAUGAAUGUUGAGGACAUGUCUUGGUUAAUGCCGACUAUUUACCACUAAGUUACAUGAAUACUGCCAUUUGAGACAUUAA